GGUACAGGAGGAAGUGGCUGUGGGGGAUGGAGUGGUGGGGGGAGUGGAGGAGAUCGGCUGUUAAGUGAGGGUGGGGUAGGCUUCCCUGAACUGUACUGUGGGAUACCAGAUAUAGUGAAUGCAGGGUCCGGGGAGAGCAGAUAUAGUGAAUGCAGGGUCCGGGGAGAGCAGAUAUAGUGAAUGCCGGGUCCGGGGAGACCGGAUAUAGUGAAUGCAGGGUCCGGGGAGACCAGAUAUAGUGAAUGCCGGGUCCGGGGAGACCAGAUAUAGUGAAUGCAGGGGUCCGGGGAGACCGGAUAUAGUGAAUGCAGGGUCCGGGGAGACCGGAUACAGUGAAUGCAGGGUCCGGGGAGAGCAGAUAUAGUGAAUGCGGGGUCCGGGGAGACCAAAUAUAGUGAAUGCAGGGUCCGGGGAGA